AUGGCAGAUUCAGGUAUUGAUCAGUAUGCCGUGCUAGGCAUUUCACGUCAUGCAUCCACCAAGGAAAUCAAUAUAGCUUGGAAAAAAUUUGCCCUCAGAUACCACCCGGACAAGUGCGGCGACACCAACGAUCAUUCUCUUGAAGAGUUUCGCAAAGGACAAGAAGCAAUCGAGAUCCUACGUGACCCCGAGCUGCGCCAAAAUCUCGAUAAAAACCUCUCGGAGCAGGAUCAGGCCAAUAAGAGUCAACACUCAAAAUGGAGUCACCGUGGCUAUCGUCAAUUUCGAAAGAAUCAGUCAUUGUAUUCUGAUGACGACUGGGGCAACUGGAAGGGAUUUGACGCCUGGAGAGAAAAUGAAAACCGCCGCUGGAGUACCCGUAACCUCUACAAACAGGAUUUGGGAACCGAUUGCUAUGACGACCAGAUGGAGUCAUCCUCUCACAAUUCGCAGAAGGGGUAUGACAAUUUUUCGGAAGAAACAAGUCAGUUGGAAAAUAGGUACCCCGAUUAUGAUUCAGAAGGGCAGCGGGCCCGAGCAGAGAUUCGCAGGGAAGGAAUGAAAGCUCGAGUGAUGCGUGACGAGGAAGAGAUGAAGUAUGAGGACGAGAAUGAAAUUGAUCAAAAUUUGGAGUUUUCUCAUAACGACGAGGCUAACGAGAUUGAUCAAUCCACUGAGUACGAGAGCGUGACGACCUGUUUCCAUGGCGGUAUCGAUUAUAUCUGCCAUUCUUUCGAUGCAUUUGCAUCACCACACGGCGAUAGUACCGUCGACUCAGGUGGGCUUGACCUCGAGACUCAGACCGACGGUGGGAAAUCGGUAUACUUCGACUGUAAUGAAACACAGCAGUCUGUUUCAAAUGAUGGCAGGGGCUUUUCCAACUGCACAAGCAUUGAACCUUUUACCUCGGAGAUUGAAGACACUGAUGACAAAUCGUAUCAUCGUCGAAUCAAGGAUAUACUUCACUUUUUCAUCCCGUACUUCGAUGCCAAGCUGAACGACCCUUGUGGACGCUAUACAUCCGAUGACAUGUUCAAGGAAAUCAGUGGUAUUUAUAUCGAGUCUUUCUACGGGUGGAUGGAAAACCUUCGUCUGUCAAUUCCGGGAGCAAGGCCGGUGACUCCUCCAGAAUCACCUUCCCUCUGUCUGCAUCUGGGAUACUGGUUGAAAGGAUUCGGAUACCCCGAGUGCGAGAAGUGUCACUGCUGGGCACCACUGUACAUUCUGACUUGUCCUGGUUGUGGAGCUGGGGCAUGUGUACAGUGCAGGUUUUCGAAUGAUGGUCGCAAUGGAUAG